AUGUCUACUGUCCAGGCUACCAGCCCGUUGGCUGCUCUGCCAGCUCAGAACGAGUUACCCGACGUCCGCACUCUUACCACUCCCGAGGAAAUCUCGGCCCGACUGGCCCUUAUCGCGCGACGCGAGUCCGACCUCACUCUCGCGCUCAAUGCGCUCAUCUCUGAUCGGAGCCGCAUCGAUUCCGCCCUCUCGCGACUGAGAAUCAUCGGGUCACAUGUCAGCCGACUCGCUGUUGAGGUGGACGGCGGUGGGGGUCCGUCAAGCGGGAUCAUGCCGCCAUUUGGGGCGUCGACGCGGGGGCUGGGUCUGCAAGAUGGGGAAGGGGAGCAAGGGGCAGAGGGGCUCGUGGAGAGGAUACGAAGGGUGUGGGAGACAAGUGAGAGGGUCGGAGGGAAGGUGCGGAGGCUGGAUACGGAGAUUGGAAGGGUCAAGGAGGCGGUGGAUAUCGUAACGGAGGUGAUGGAGCUCAAGAAUGCGCUCCAGACUUGCUCAGCGGCCAUCGAGAAGGAAGACUGGGAGUCUGCUGCUCGAGCUUGCAAGCGAGCCAUGUCGAUCCGCGCAGACGUGAUAGAAGGCGGGUAUGCUGGGACCGUCGUGCCAACACCACAGCAAUCUCUACCACCGCCUCAAAUCCUGGACCAGCUUCGAGAUACCCUCCUUCACACGUUCCGAACCGAAUUCGACGCCGCAGCAGCGCGGAGAGACCAGCAGGCUGUCUCGCGCUUCUUCCGCCUUUGGCCGGGAGUGGAUGCAGAGGAGGAAGGGCUGGAGGCGUAUGGCGACUUUGUGGUCGGGCUGGUCAAGGCGAGAAACGCGGCAGCGGGGAAGCCUUCUUCGCCGAUGUACUACCUCACACAGCUCACUUCCCUGCUGGAAGCUAUCGCGCAUAUCAUUGACCAACAUCAGCCAGUUGUAGAAAAGUACUAUGGCGUAGGGCGGAUGCGCAAGGUUGUCAGGCGGUUAGUGGAGGAGAGCGAUCGCGUGCUGCGAGGUCUCGUCGAAGGAUGGGAAGAGGAACGGCGAGUCGGCAGACUGAUAUCGGAAACGAAGCAAACCAAAUUCCCACUCCUCACUACCCCUUCCCUGCUCCCACCACUAUAUCCAUCUCUCGCUAUAUCCACCACGACAGGGCCCCAACUCUCUGUAUCCGCUAUAGCCAAUAGCGCCAGCUCACAUCUUGGCAAUAUCUCCUCCGCCACUUCGCUGCUACAGCAGUAUGCUCAGGGCGGGGCCAGCGGAUCGAAGCGGCUCCCGGCGGAACGCGCCAGCACGCCUCAGCAGGUGGCCGAGGAGGAGCCGAAUGGGCCGGACCCCAAGGAUGUGGAUAAGGUCCUGGGGGAGCUCGUGGCGCUUGGAGGGCGAUGGGCGCUGUUUAGGCGAUUUGUCAAUGGGCGACUUGCCGUGACGCAACUUCUUGACGAAUCAUCACAACCUAUCCCAAGCCCGUCGCCUAAGCUGGCAGCCGGUGAGGUCCUAGAACAAUCUGGCAGCCACAAGGCCAUCCAAAAUCUGCUUCGGGUCUACUAUGAGCCCCUCGAGCUCUGGUUCUUGCGGAUCAGCAUCGAAAAGGCGCACUGCCUCGACUCUCCCGAUACUUCCGCCGAACCCAUCGUCUCGUCCCUCGUGGACGAUACAUUCUACCUAAUCAAGCUCGUCCUCAAUCGUAUCCUCUCGUGUGGCUCGGUCGGGACAUUACGGUCGAUGCGGCAAAAGCUGGGCGAGGUGAUUGAGCGCGACUUUAAUGGGAUCAUCAAGAGGCGGAUGGAGGCUGUGUAUGCGGGUCAGGCGGUCUCGGAGCGGGAGAAGGACAAGGCGCGGGAUCAGCGGUCGGCUUUUGUUAUCUACUUGAACAAUUUGGACGUGUCUGCCGACUAUAUGGACCGCCUCAUCCUCAAUGCGCAGGAUACAAUCACGAAUGUGUUUCUCGAGGAGGAGAUGGAGGAUGUCAAGGCGGAGCUGAAGAGUUUGGGCAACACAUCGAGCGACUUCAGAAGUACAGCCAGAAAUGGACUUGAACAGCUCUUUAAUCAGCUCACGAGACCAAAACUUCGGGCCCUGCUGGACGAGUGCUACAGAGAUACGUCAUACCUCCUGGACGAUGACGACUAUGCCGAGGCGGAAGAGCUCGAUAUAGUGCGGAAGCGGUUCCAGCGGGCAUGGGAGGGUCUCGUCGAUGGGUACAAGGGCGUCCUGACGGACCACAAUUAUCAGAUACUCUUCAAUCUCACGGUGGAGACGCUAGUGAGACCAUGGGAGAAGAUGGUGAUCGGUAUGGAAUUCACCGAGCUCGGUGCGAUCAGGUACGAUCGCGAUAUUCGCGGGAUUGCGAACUAUCUUUCGACGCAGACGAACUUUGGAGGCGUCCGGGAGAAGUUUACGCGAUUGCAGCAGAUCGGGACGGUAUUGAACAUGGACCAGGAGGAAGAUCCGGAGGAGUUCUACUCGAAUUCGGGAAUACCAUGGCGCAUCAGCAAAGCCGAGUACAACGCCGUACUGCAACAGCGGCAGUAG